AUGGCCCUAUCCGCCCAUGAAAGUCCCUCAUCUUUCACUCCCCAUCUCUUUCAGUAUGUCAUCUGUCGACAGAUCCAUGAAGCUAUGUCGCUCGGGGCUCAAAAGCGCCAUCUCGAGGAUUAUGAGCUAAUAACUAUCCUCCAUGACCGCGUUUUGUCCUUGAUUAGCGGCCUGCCUCCGGUACACAGGCCAGUGAGCCCGGAUAUAUCCUGGGAUUCAGGUCAUCCUCAAUUUCCGAAACAGCGUCAGCAAAUAGCAACUGCGGCGUAUUCAUUUCUGAUGGCUCUUCGCAAGCCCCACGCCAAAACACGAGCGACUAGUCGUGAUGCUGCAAUUGAAGCAGCACUAUCUAUAUUGGAUGCACAGGAACGGCUGCUCGAUCUAAUGGCCACGCAAUACUAUAGUAUAUACGCCCUUUGUGUAUACACCGUCGAUGCCGCUAUUUUCCUCUCUGUCACAACUGUCGAACACCCACCGUCAGACCCCGCCAAAAUACUGCGGACUUUCUAUGCGAUUGAGAAGGCUAUGUAUCGUCUUGAACUAGCUCGAGAAAGAUUUUCCUUGGCAGCAUCAGCUCUGCAGAUCUUGAAGCCUUGUUACAUCAAAAUGCAACCAUUAUCACACCAGCUUCACACGUCCGAGCACACUGUCCAGCUGCCCAGCCAAAUAUCUCCAAACUUCCCCUACAGAGAUACGCAACUCGGAGGUCUUUCUGAUCAUUAUUCACAGGGAUCUUCGACUUUGCCUGAACAGAACUCCAUGCCAAUAUUUGACCCUGAGCAUUUUCACAGCGCAGCUAUGUUUGACGAAAUCACAAUGUCGAAUUUUGACAUUGUAUCGUGGGUGCAAGACAUGAACAAGUCAAACAAUUUCAGCUGGCAGUGA